AUGUCGUACCAGCGCAGCGACCCACGUUCGCUCCCCCUCCCUGCCCUUCCUUCGCCGUCCCUCGCUUCGCCGCCGCCCGCCAUUGUCGUCCACCCGUUCCUCGCCCAAUCUGCGGCUCAGCAACAGCCCCAGCUCAGCACCUAUACCCCUUCGUCGUACCCGCACGGGCCCGCCUCGCCGCACUACUCGCCGCACCCGCCGCGCCGCUCGGCGGCCGAGGAGGAGAAGGACGCCUACUUUGCGCGGUCGGCGUCGGUCGACUCGUACGGCUCGUACUCGCACGAUGAGCACUGGGCCGACGUCCACUCGCCGGGUGCCGCACCGCUGUCGGUCGGCGGCAAGCCCGCCCCCAUCCUCCUCCCGCCGCCGCGCGCCGCGUUCGUAACCGAGCCGGGCUCGCCACGCUCGCCGAUGAGCCUCAAGCAGGCCAUGGCGUUCGGCGACGUCGGCAACGUCCUCGACGAGAAGGUCGGCGGGCGCGGCGCGGCCGACAUGCGCAAGUUGGGCCUCGACUGGGCGCGGUUCUCGCGCGUGGUCAAGAAGAGCGAGGCCGAGAAGGAGAGCGAGUGGCUCAAACGCAAGCAGGGCAUCGCCAAGAAGUGGUGGGUCAUCGGCUGGGCGGGAUCCGUCGCCGUCAUCAUCGCCAUCAUCAUUGCGCUCGUCGUCCACUUCAAGAGCCCGUCGAGCGACACGGCGCCGACCGUCUCGCAGCUCGAAGGGAAGAACUCGUCGAUGGUCAACUCGAGCUCGUCCGCACCCGUGUCGCUACUGCCGCACUCGGACGCCGUGCCUGUCGCCGCCCGAGUCGAGACAAGCUCGUCGGUCAACCAGCCCGUCAUGUCGACGGCGGCCUGGCGUGACCUCGGCGAGGACGACACGAGCGUUCCCGCCAGCUCGACAGAGCGGCAGGUUGCGCCCGACGUCGAGGCGACGACGUCGACCAUGUCACGCCCGCUCGCCCGCGCGACUGCCGCAACGACGUCGCUCACCUUGUCACCUCCCUCCACGACAUCUGCUCGCGUCACCGCCCGCUCGACAUCCUCAGCCACGACGACGUCCGCAUCGACCGCCACGACGACCUCGUCCCCGUCUCGCUCGAGCUCGACUGCAGCAGCCCCGUCCUCGGCCGGCUUCGACCCCGACCGACGCAGCAAGCGCUGGCUCCGCUUCGGCCAGGACGGCAAGGCCGAGCGCGGCGACCGCAAAGCGUGGGACGCCGUCGAGUUCGUGCACUUCCCGAUUGGCGACGCGAGGAGGAAGCGGGACCACGGCGUCGGCGCUCAUUGA